AAGGUGCGUGCUUUUCCUCCUCGGGGCCUCGCGAGAAAGUCGCAAGAGCGGUGAUAGUCGAAGGUUGCGGCGACACUCGGCCUUGCGGUCUUCACCGGCGAUGCUGCUGCUGCUGCUGCUCGUAGCUGUCGCCAGCGCGUCGGCCGUGCUGCUGCUGGCAGCGCAUGCGAGCCGACGCCGUACGUGGAAGUACGUGAAGCGCAUGCCGGGCCCCAGCGAAGUGAUCCCCAUGCGCACGGUGCUCCAAUUGCAGCUCACCGUGGCAGCGCUCAAGCGCCACGCGGUGCCUCCGAACGCCGUAAUCAUGCAGACACGUCUUGGCUUCUGCAAGCAGUUUGAAGAAAAAGGCAUGUUCUGCUUCUACAUUGGUUCAAGACCAUGCGUCACAGUUUUCAAGGCAGAGCACAUUGAGGCGGUUCUGAACAAUCACGCCACGCAGUCCAAAGCCUCUACCUAUUGGCUACUUCACUCGUGGCUCGGAACCGGACUCCUAACAAGUUCUGGAGACAAGUGGAAGAGCCGGAGGCGCAUGCUGACGCCAGCUUUCCACUUCAAGAUUCUCGAGGAUUUUGUGGGGCCCAUGAAUGCCAUCGCGAGGCUGACAGCUGCUAAGAUUGAAGAACAGCUCAGCAAGCCUUGGAUAGACGUGGUGCCCUUGGCAGCUUCGUGCACCUUGAACGUCUUGCUUGAAACUAUUAUGGGCUUCUCGAACCCUAUGCAAGACUCGGGAUGCCGAAACUAUGUCCAGAAUGUGACAUCGGUAGCAGAAAAAGUUGUGAGCCGUUCACAGGCUCCCUGGCUUUUCUUUGAUUACUUGUAUUAUAAAACGGAAGAAGGAAGAGAAUAUCGCAAGCACAUAUCGGAAAUUCACGAUUUCACGAAAAGGGUCAUCUCCAAAAGAAGAGAAGAAUUGUUGAGAGAGAUCACCAAUGAAGCGACGGCGCCGCAACGUUCCCUGCUGACAGCAGAAGGCGACCGCCUCUUUGGCCACUCGACGCGGCUGAACUUCAUCGACAUUCUACUUCGUUACAGCAUACAGGUAGACUCGUCCUUGACAGACGAAGACAUUCGAGAGGAAGUGGACACUUUCAUGUUCGAGGGACACGACACCACAGCAAUGGGAAUUGCAUGGUCUCUAUACCUUAUUGCACUUUAUCCGGACGUUCAAGUGAAAAUCCAGAAGGAAUUGGACAGUGUCAUGAAGGAAUACUUUGACAGUGACAUAACACUGGAAGGAAUAAAGGAGUUGAAGUUCCUAGACUGCGUCCUCAAGGAGUGCCAGCGCCUUUACCCGUCCGUGCCUGUUGUUGGAAGAGCAGUCAAUGAAAAAAUGAAAAUCGGCGAGUAUACCGUCCCCGAAAACAGUGACAUCGACAUCGUAAUAUACGCCCUGCACAGAGAUCCGACUGUCUUUCCCGAUCCGGAAGCUUUCAAGCCGGAAAGAUUUUUACGGGAAAACGCGGCUAAUAGGCAUCCAUAUGCCUAUAUACCGUUCUCAGCUGGCCCUAGGAACUGCAUAGGACAAAGAUACGCAUCCAUGGAACUGAAGAUAAUCGUCGCCACAGUUCUUCGACGCUUCUAUUUGAAAGCGGUGGAUCAUCGUGAUCAACUGAUAAUGAAAUGCGAACUGGUACUGCGACCUGAGAAUGGGUUGAGGAUCAUUUUUACGCCACGACAAAAUCAUGUGUAAACCACACCAGCUAUUCGAAUUCUCUUCCCACUAGAAUCCAGUGGACUUAGUCAACGUUGUUUUGCUUACUUGUUGGAUUUCCAUAAUUAGUCAGCGCUUUCUGUGGUCUUUGUGUCAUGUAACUCACUUGAUUUUUGUCGCGUUCUCAACGUUUCAGCCAUCAGCAGUGACUUGUUUAGCAUUACAUAAGGCUCGUUACACAGUAUAAUAUGCAACGUAACCUUGGUCAUAUUUUCUCGAAAACGGCAAAUCACUAAUAACAUUUUACACGGCACAUUUUAAAUCGUAGAGGUUAGAGAAUUAUAACUUUGUGAAACUACCUUCAUGUUUCUUGGAGCUUUAUUGCCAAAUAUCUGUGCGCAAUCAUCGAACGCGGAGACUUUCUGCUUUGAACAAAAGAAUUCUGAACACGACGUUAUAUUUGCCGCAGAUGCAUGAAUUCCAGUAUAAUGUGCGAGAAAUGACCUGUCGAGUGAUACGCACUCUCCUGUCCAUGCAGACAGAGCUCUCCUUCUUCCCUCUACCCGUGUAGUGUAACAAACCAGCUAAUACUGAAUAGUUGCAUAAUAUUGUUUGCCUUCCGCUACUAGAAUAUGACUAGGCAGUUUGAGGCAGAAUGUGUAAAUAUAAUUGUGACCUGACUGAGGGCUUGAAGUUUAACUUUAUAUCGAUUUUCAAAGCAGCAUUUGUGCCACUGUGGCGACUAUAGUUUAAACAUUUAAAAUUUACUCCAACUUGUACUUGUAAAGCCAGAUCUUUUGGUCCUCUUAAAGGAGGCUCAAUGUUGGAUCAGACUCCCCAAACUUGUUGGUCAUGUAUAAUUUUGCGUACCACUAAUCGCUGUCCUGCGGCUUCACUUUUAGAAAUACGGAAUACGUAUUAUGCCUAAUAUUAUAUAUACUUCAGAGCUCGCUUGUUUUGUUCCGUGCAAGUGUACGAGUGUAUGGCACUAAUCUUCCUAUGGCUUGAGUUGUAAAAACACGGAAUGUGUAUUCCGACUAAUAUUUACGCGAUAGCGUUAAGGGCCCCGUGUCCCAGAAAAUCCGGUGCUGGCGUCGGCGGCGAUGUCCGUGUGAGAAAAAUACUGCGCGCAGGCCCUCAGCAUGGCGCACCGGCGUUACUGCGAUAAUUGAAAAUUCUCAAAGUAAAAUUCGUCGGAAAAUUCCUAAAGUACGACUACCACAGAACCUACAGGCAUGAUAACGUCGGUUUGUAAUUUAAACAUAAUUACGCGGAAACUCAAACACAAGCACCUUUUCGAGCUGCCGUUUCAAGUCUGUCUUGCAUAGCGUUCGCCCGUCAGCGUUUCCAGGAAAACAUCACGGUUACAUAACAUGCAGCUGCCGGAAAGCGCGAGAAGCAGUCAGGGAUCUUUGCUAUCGCGUUCCAAUCUUAAGAGGGAGUUUUAGCUCGGGCGCAACUACGACGAGGCCUAUUCAAAUACACGUAAAACGCAAAAGCGCUUUUCUGAAAUAAACCCUGGGCCGACUUUAAUGAAAUUUGUUGCAUUUGCGAGAGAAAGCUAAAUUAUAGUGACUGUUGGAAGCGGAAUUUCAUUUACGACCUGUAUUUUGUGAAAAGAAUUUUCAAAAAUUCAGAAGUUCGAAAAAAUAGAAGCACGUAGUUUACAAAUUAAUAGCUCUGCAUCAAGCAUAGAUAUCACGGUUCUCUAAACGGAAACCAUUAGAUCAUUCAAAGCGGACAAAUUCGUUAUUUGUGUUACGUUAUUUGUGUUAUUCGUUAAAAAUUGUUACGUUCUGUGCAAGAGUUCUGAAAAACCUGUAUUUGCAUAUUGCUAAAUUUUUUAGAUUUAUAUGUAAUAGAUCAGUUUUUUGCAUAUUAAAUGAACUAUUCGGUGCAAUUCACAGAAUUAUGAUAUAGUUUUUCAUUGCUGAGUUGCAGAGUUGUAAACUUCAUUGUUUUGUUUACUGAAAAUUUUCAGUUUUUGCCAUAUUUUCACAAAAAUUGACGACCCAAAUGAAAAAUUCGAAACCCUGCAGCGUCACUAGACCUUAGCUUUCUUUUUUACAUGCAACAAACCUCGCCAAAUUUGGUGCACUGGUUGCGAAGAAAAACGAAUUCUCCUUUUACAUGUAUUUAGAUAGGAGCACCCGAGCUAAAGAUUCCUCUUAAAGGGCCCCUCAACAGGCCACAUUGCAAAUUUCGGU